ACGCAUCGUGUAGCCCGUACUCUGGUGUCAGGUCUGUGGGCGCUGCCCCGGGUGCUGGCACUGGCAGCUGGACUGUCGGCAACAGGCGGAGCGGGUCAGGCCAUGGCGGCUCUGGAGUGGUAUGCACACAAGGCUCUGGGGGACGGCGUGUACUGGAUCCAGGAACGCUUCUACGAGUCAGGGAACCGAGCCAACAUCUGGCUGGUGCAGGGCUCCCACCAGGACCUGGUCAUAGACACCGGCCUGGGGCUCCGCAGCCUUCCCGAAUACCUCAGCUCCUCCGGGCUGCUGCCGCACGGCAAGGACGGGGGAUCGGGGCGCCGGCCGCUCAUGGCGGUGGCCACACACGUCCACUUCGACCACGCCGGGGGCCUUCACCAGUUCCAGCAGGUGGCCGUACACCGGGAGGAGGCGGAGGCUCUGAUCCGGGGGGACAACUUCGAGACGGUGACCUGGCUGUCCGACAGUGAGGUGGUGAGAGAGCCGAUCCCGGGGUGGAGUGCCAGCCAGUUCAAGGUGGAGGCGGUGAAGCCCAGCCAUAUCCUGGAGGAUGGUGACGUCAUCAGCCUUGGCGACAGACAGCUGGCAGUAAUGCAUAUGCCGGGACACUCCCGAGGAAGUAUCUGCUUACAUGACAGAGAUCGGAAGAUGCUUUUCAGCGGAGAUGUGGUGUAUGAUGGAUCCAUGAUCGACUGGUUGCCUUACAGUAAUAUCUCUGAGUAUGUUCGGUCCUGUGAACGUCUCAAGGGUUUGGUGGACAGAGGUUUGGUGGAGAGAGUGCUGCCAGGGCACUUCAACACAUUUGGAGGAGAAAGACUGCACCGCUUGGCCUCCAACUACAUUACGAAUGCUGGACUGUGCCAUAAGGUCUCCACCUGUGCAGUGAGGUCUGUGGCGGGGAUUGCACUUCGUGUAACUAAUUCCCGGAGAACAACCUGAAUUACUGGAUGUACCGUGCCAAUAAUAAACUAAACAGAAGGAUUUCUAUGCAAACAUCUAAUACCAAACAAGAUAACCAAGCAUUCUGUUACGUAUAUAGAUGCCAUUAUUGCUGCCCAUAUCAGCUUAUAUUAUAAUCAAACUGCAAGCAUAUCUGGAAAAUACAUAUAAAUCUAUUAAUCAAAUAACUUUAUUAGUAGGAGAAACUGACAGAUACCCAUUACUAAAUGGAAUGAAUUGAUGCUUUAUUCAUUCAGAGUAAUAUUUUUUGGCUAAAAUACAGAGAGACUUAUGUACUGGGAAGUAAAUAUAGCGAAAGGAUAUACAGGUAAAUCCUGCAAAGCAAAAGUAUGCUAUUGUUGGUCUGUAGAAGCUUAUUUCUUACAGUAUAAAUUGAUUGUUGAAACGCAAGUUGUAAAGGUACAUGUUUUUUCACCUUAAUACAUUCUAUGCAUUAAGGUGAAAAAACAUCCGACGAUCACUAGCCCCCCCGUUUACUUACCUGAGCCCUUGAAAGCCCCACGUCAGGAACACACUGGCUUCUCGUCUCAUUUAUUGGAUGAUUGAUAGCAGCGCAGCCAUUGGCUCCCGCUGCUGUCAAUCAAAUCAAUGAUGCAGUGCGC